CAUACAACCGGGGAUGUAACGGUCGCUGCCUCGCGCUAACUUUCUGCAGUAAACAAGCCCGGAGAAACCCGACGAGCCGCAGCGGGAGCUGAAUUCUGUUUUUAAUAACACAUAGGAUGACCGUGAUCACUUACCGGAGCCGGUAUUAGUUAACGGGGAGAGAUUAACGGUCACAGAGCCUCCACACACACGGAGCGGCCUGAUUAGCCUGCUAGCUGCUAACGUUAGCAUAGUACUAACUGCUGGAUCCUAAAACACCUGAACGCGAUGUCUCUGGUGGACCUGGGGAAGCGUCUGCUGGACGCGGCUCGUAAAGGUCAGGAUGAUGAGGUCAGAAACCUGAUGGCCAAUGGAGCUCCUUUCACCACCGACUGGCUGGGGACGUCCCCGCUCCACCUGGCUGCUCAGCACGGUCAUUACUCCACCGCAGACGUCCUGCUGAGAGCCGGCGUCAGCAGAGACGCCCGCACCAAGGUGGACAGAACCCCCCUGCACAUGGCUGCUGCUGAGGGUCACACGGUGAUCGUGGAGCUGCUGGUCCGGAGCGGAGCAGACAUCAACGCCAAAGACAUGCUGAAGAUGACGGCUUUGCAUUGGGCGGCGCAGCACGGUCACCAAGGUGUCGCAGACACUCUUAUAAAACACGGCGCUGACGUCCACUCCCUCAGUAAGUUCGACAAGACGCCAUUCGACAUCGCCGUCGACAUCCAGAACACGGAGCUGAUGCUGCUGCUGCAGGAGGGCAUGCAGAACCAGGUGAACAUGAACCAGGUGAGUAUGAACAUGGAGACUGGCACCACCAACCAGCCACAAUUUAUCAUCCAGGGGAUCCCUGCCAUCCAGGGGGGCGUGGUCAACCUGGCUGACCUGCUCAACAAGGCGGGCGCAGUAGACUCAGAGGAAGCGAUGGCCGCCAGCGCUCUGGAUUCCAACAUCCAGCAUACUGUCGUCAACGAGGGCGGUCAGAGGGUUAUCACCAUAGUAACAGACCAACAUGGCAACCUGCAAACAACAGGAGGGAUGGCGCCACCUUUUUUCGUCACCAUGCAGCACGGACAGCAGAUGCUGGCAGUGCCUGCCAACACGGUAACAGAGGAGGUGGUGACCGAGGAGCCGCAGGCUCCGCCCUCCAGGAAAAGGAAGCUGGAGAUGACCAACAAUCACAACGACGGUGGAGAGACGGAGUUGUUGCAGAGGCAGCUGCUGGAGGCCAACAGGAAGGCGCAGGAGUACCGGCAGCAGCUGAUGCGUAAGGAGCAGGAGGCUGAAGAGUACCGCGUCAAACUGGAGGCCAUGUCCCAGAGUCAGGCCAACACCAACAACACCGCCAACAACACCGCCGCCAACGCUGCCAGCCCAGAGGAAGUGGUAGGAGGAGAGGAGGAUGAGGAGGAAGCGGGGGCCGGCAUGGUGGAGGAAGAGGGGGAGAUGGUGGUGCUGCAGGAGGGAGGGAUCAUCAUGGAGGGGGAGGAGGGGCAGGUGACGCUGGUAGAGACGGGCGGAGAGACCACAGAGGUCAGCUCAUAACAGAGGGGGGGCGGAGUCAGAGACACAUGACAGCAGGGGAUGGUUGGACCCUUUUACAGAGAGAAGCAGAAUCCCUACAUGAAUCCAUCCCACCGCUUCAGAGGAGAGGACUAAGACUCUUCAGACCAGAACCAGAACCAGAUCCCCAAAGGGAGAACGCAGAGGGACUGACCCUGACGGGCCUAACCUGACAGAGGACUUCUUUCAUGCACCAUUUGAACCCCCAGAAACAGCUGGUGGUCCGUGUAACAGAACCAUAUGAGCAUUCCACUCUGAGAGACCUGAGAAUACCUUUAAGACCUUAACGCCCCCCCUGAAGCAGCCUCUGUUCUUCCUCUUUUAUCAGUUCAUCUCUAAACCUUCACGCCUUCAGUCCCCACGUUUAGGACAACGUUUGAAAACACCAAAAGUUCCCGACCUGGAGACUCUGCCUUUUUCUUUCUUUGAACCACGUGUUGUUCCACAAUUUCUUCAGACGUGACAUCAUCCUGUUUUAGAACCAAUCAGACGCUGAAGCAAAGGGAAUGUAGAAACGUUCUGGUCUUUAAGUGGUCAAACACGUUUAGAUCCUGUUGAUGGACUUCAUCACCCUACAUCCCCGAAUCAUCAUGUUUGUGUCUCACUAUCAGUUCAAGAGAAGAGUCAUGUGACGUCUGUGAAAACAGUCGGACACCUGGUCUCUGACACCCGUUCAUAAUCCUCAAGACCACAAUGUGUGUGUGUGUGUGUGUGUGUGUGUGUGUGUGUGUGUGUGUGUGUGUGUGUGUGUGUGUCUGUGUCUGUGUCUGUGUCUCUGUGUGUGUGUCUGUGUCUCUGUGUGUGUGUGUGUCUGUGUGUGUCUGUGUCUCUGUGUGUGUGUGUGUCUGUGUGUGUCUCUGUGUGUGUGUCUCUGUGUGUGUCUGUGUCUGUGUGUGUGUGUGUGUGUGUGUGUGUGUCUGUGUGUGUCUCUGUGUGUGUGUCUCUCUGUGUGUGUCUGUGUGUGUGUGUGUGUGUGUGUGUGUCUGUGUCUCUGUGUGUGUGUGUCUGUGUGUGUCUGUGUGUGUGUGUCUGUCUGUGUGUGUCUGUGUGUGUGUCUCUGUGUGUGUGUGUGUGUGUGUGUCUGUGUGUGUGUGUCUGUGUGUGUCUGUGUGUGUGUCUCUGUGUCUGUGUGUGUCUGUCUGUGUGUGUGUGUCUGUGUGUGUCUGUGUGUGUGUCUCUGUGUCUGUGUGUGUGUGUGUGUGUGUGUCUGUGUGUGUGUGUCUGUGUGUGUCUGUGUGUGUCUCUGUGUCUGUGUGUGUCUGUCUGUGUGUGUGUGUGUGUGUGUGUCUGUGUGUGUGUGUCUGUGUGUCACUUCCUGUUUACGUAUUUUAGUCAGUAUGUUAAACUUCUGUUUAAAACGUUCAGAAAUCUGAAAUAUACUGAAGAGUAAACUCCAAUACACACACACACUGCUCACACACCCUGACAUGCUGCUGGUUCAGACACCUGAAGGCAUCAUCAACAUGGUGCUCAGGUGUGUUUGUUGCCCCGCCUCCUUCAGGUGAUCAUUACUUAUUGAGUGCUCAGUGGGAACGUUCUUUUUAUAAGCUCAGCAAAGCCAACCUUUUUUUGAUGUAUAUAGAAAGUUGUAUUUUUGUAACUGUACCUGAAUGCUUCACCGUAACGAUGAUGACGAUGAUGAUGAAGAUGAUGAAGAUAAUGAUGGCUGCCUGCAUCUGAAAUAUAAACACUCGUUCUUUUUUCAAUAACAA